AACAAAGUACUUCUGUUUCGUUUCAAAUUUAAGUUUCAUUCUCCUCAGUUGCACGUGACGGUUACCGCAACAGUUUGCUUUCCGGCGGGUCAAAACUGAAACUAAAAGAACAACGGGGAAGUUUCCACCUUCACAGUAAAACUACCUUUUGUUUACUGCGACCUUGUUGACAGGCGCUCAAACAAAGCAGUAUAACUGAGCAGUGCGGUGGUUUCAUGAGAAGAAAGAGAGCUACAUCUAGUUUCCUUUCCACUUAAAUGAAAGUCGAGGGCAGUGUAGGUUUUGAAAUGAUGCGGCGGUGAUUCACCUGUUGACUCCCUGCGGAUGAGUCGUGAAGGAAACCGGGAUCACUCCAGCUGACUUCACCUGAGAUCUGUCACACAACGCAGCUGACAACUCGUCAAACUGUCCACGAUGUCUGGCAACAAAACCAUCGUUUUCUUUGACCUGGAGACCACUGGAUUAGACACUUAUGUGUGUGACAUCAUCCAGGUGUCUGCCAUCUGUGGAGAGAGGGUCUUUAACGUCUACACCCUCCCCCGCCGCGCACUCACCGAGAGCGCCAAACAGGUGACGGGCUUCACUGUCAGUGAUGACGGCCUGUUUCUCCACGGGAGACCUGUGGACACCGUCCCUCUUGUUGACGCUCUCACCUCCUUCAUUGACUUCCUGCGUUCCUUCCGCCGCCCUGUGCUGCUGGCGGCCCACAAUGCACGGCGUUUUGAUGCACCAGUGCUCACCAGAGUGCUGCGAACACUCUUCCUGCGGCAGGAGUUCCAGCAGGUGGUGUCUGGGUUUGUGGAUACCUUCCUGCUAAGCAAGAACCUCUAUCGAGAUCUUGGCAGUCAUUCUCAGGAGUACAUGGUCCGCCACUUCCUCGGAAUGGCCUACGAAGCCCAUAAUGCAGUUGAGGACGCCAGGAUGCUGCAGGAGCUGUUCAACUCAUGGCGCCCCAACAAUCGGGACGUCUCAAGAGUUACCAUCUCAACCUAUGCAUUUUAAAUAAGCCACAGAAAGGAAUCAGUGAAAAUUCUGAAAUGAAAUGACAGGUAGAUUUCUUGUGAUUGGAGCCAAAUGAUGCACAUUACACCUCAAACUCACAGAUAUGUAAUGUUCAUUCUGUGUAAUUUGUUUUAAUUUUGUCUGAUGUAUUGUAAUGUCAUACACAAAAUUGUUACACUCUUUUGUAUUUCCAGAGAAUUGCAACACAAUUUUCCUACAAUAACCAUUAAACUUCAACUUGAUUCAUCUAUA